AUGGAGGUGGAUGGGGAAAGACCAUCUUUGAGCGACAAGAUCAAGAUUCUGCCAGGCCAUGCUGCUGAUAUGAGCGCAGCGACGUUUUGCCUGGAAGAGGAGGAUCACACGCUAGGCAACUCUCUGCGAUACAUGCUUAUGAAAGACCCUCAAGUCGAGUUCUGCGGCUACAGCAAUCCUCAUCCCAGCGAGAGCAAGAUCCACCUCAGAGUUCAGAUGUAUGACGGAGUCUCGGCGCUGGACGCGCUUCACACAGCUCUGGUCAAUUUGGAAGAUCUUUUAGACGCUAUUCAAACUUCUUAUGAUGAUAAUCUAAGCAAGGGAGAUUUCGAGAGGUACGAAGAGAAGGGCACAAGUGAGGAAGCUUUGAGAGCUAUGGUGGAAAAGGGCCGAGAGAUCGAGGCGGCACAGGUCAAGAAGCAACCUGAAAAAGCUACUGCACUUAGCUAG